AUGGUUAUUGCCUGUGUAACUCGAAACCCAGACAUCAUGAAAAUUCAAGGGCGAAUUGCAGACCAGCUUGGCCUAACAUUCAACGAGGAAAGUGAAUGGGGAAGAGCAGGUCGAUUGCGUGAGAGGUUGAAGCAAGAGAAGAAGAUUCUUCUCGUCCUAGAUGAUCUACGGAAGAGACUUGGUUUAGAAGCAAUUGCUAGUGGUUUAAAGGAAGAUGGAGCUUGGGAGUUGUUCAAGAAAACAGCAGGUGGUGAUGUUGAAAGCCCAGAUAUGCGUGAUCACCGUUUCAUCUGUGCUAAAAUGAGAAUUAUUUUUCCAACUACGCUAAUUUAG